AUGUCGUUUGAUGCACGUUUGGAAGCUGCAACUACUGAAUAUCAAAGACUUCAAAAAGAACUUACAAAUGCUAUUGAAGCUAGACAACGUCUGGAUUCUCAAUUACAAGAAAAUGAAUUUAAAUUACUAAAAGAAGAUGCGAAUAUUUAUAAGUUAAUUGGACCUGUAUUAAUAAAACAGGAUAAAAUAGAAGCUACUUCAAAUGUUGAUAAACGAUUAGAUUACAUUAGAUCAGAAAUCAAACGCGUCGAAACACAACUUGCGGAUUUGAGCGAAAAAUCAGAGAAAAAGAAAUUCGAGGUGGUUGACCUUCAAAGAACUUAUCAAGCACAAGUUCAACAAGUUUCAUCAAGUAGAUAA